CACUCAAGCACGUUUCUCGUGAAUGCGCAAUAGCUGUCCCGUCGACUGGCUAAAAAUCGCUCUCGCAUGGAAACGCCGAUCCAGCCAAUUAUUUAUAAGCGAUUACAACAGAGGGGGUUGGGCGUUGCCCAAGAGGCUGGACCACAAAAAAAAACAAAAAUGAAGCUAUACGGAAAUUGUUUGAACUAGUGACUGACUCGGCAUCAGUCAUCCUACAAAUAAUUCGAGUAUUUUUCAGCGAACGCGUUUGGAGGUGUCUGUCUCUGCAUUAAUUAGCAACGCACAAACAACACAUAAUGUCAUCCGCCGCCGUUCAGCCCCCGCCACCUGUGCCCCAGCCCCCACCACCACCACCAGCCUCCACGGCGGCGGCCUCUGCAGGAAAGGGUCUCCACUCUAAGCUGUACAAUGGGAUGAUUGGAGCGGCCGACAAAUUUGUGCCCGCCAAGCUGCGCCCAUUGUGGAUGCAUCCAGCUGGUCCCAAGACGAUCUUCUUUUGGGCGCCCGUCUUCAAAUGGGGCCUCGUAGUCGCCGGCCUCAGUGAUCUGGCCCGUCCGGCCGAUUCGAUCUCCGUGUCCGGAUGUGCCGCCCUGGCCGCCACUGGCAUCAUCUGGUCCCGCUACUCGCUGGUGAUCAUACCCAAAAAUUACAGCCUGUUCGCCGUAAAUCUCUUCGUGGGCAUCACCCAGGUGGUGCAGCUGGCCAGGGCCUACAACUACCAACAGGAGCAGGAGAAGCUGAAGAAGGAACAGGAGCCCAAGCUGGUGGCUCAGAAGUAGAGACAUAUCAUCGAAACGAAUACCGGUGCUGUCCCCCUAAAUCUACAUAGACUUAGAACGAAAUGAUGUACAUAGAGAUCCAACGCCGCACAACGUAAACGAAAUGAUUAGGAAGGAGGAGCUGUGUUCGCAGAUCGGGUAUUUGCGUUUUACAAACUGUUGACCAUUAUUAUUUAUGGUUUUAACCGCCUUAUCGACGUGAUUCGUAUUACUUAAGUUUGGAUACGUGGAGGCUUUUUGCAUAUAGUUUUAUGGAUACGAGCAUUAUUGGACAUUUUGUGAUUGUCAAGAAAAAUAAAUCGAUAUAUUGUAAGACUGUAGACAGUAGAAAAA